GUGCAACUGGACUUGACGGGCAUUUUCAUGCACGGGAAGAUUCCGACUUUGAAGAUAUCUUUGAUUCAAAUCUUCAGAGCUCACUUGUGGCAAAAAGUCCACGAGUCAAUUGUAAUGGACUUGUGCCAAGUGUUUGACAUGGAGUUGGACUCUUUGGAAGUGGAAACAGUGCAGAAAGAAACAAUUCAUCCUCGAAAGUCCUACAAAAUGAAUUCUUCCUGUGCAGACAUUUUGCUUUUUGCAACUUACAAAUGGUCCAUUUCCAAACCCUCGCUUCUCGCCGAGGGCAAGGACAUCAUGGAGGGAGCCACC